AGAGAGAAAGGGGGGAGGGACUGUUGUUGUGUGCAGCACUGCUGUCAUUUGGCUUCUGCACGGCUCAGCGGCAAGACGGUCUGGUGAAGGGAGGAGAGAAAACGAGGGAGUGAGAGAAAGAGGAGAGAGAAAAGGAGUACCAGAGCGGCAGCUGCUGCAGCCUGACAGGAAGGAACGGGAAAAAUAAAGGGUGCACGGAAUAAGCGUUUUCUUCCCAUGCAAGAGAGAAAGAGCCGCACAUUCGUCCUCUCCUCCAUGCUCUCACUCUUCUCUCAUCCGGCCCUAAAUGCUCUCCAGUAGAGGAAGACGCUUGGGGGUCGAAUAAAAGGCAGGCAGAGCAAGGGGACGUCAAGGGAAGGUGCAGGCAUGGCUGCCAAGAGGGGCAAGUCCGGCGUGCCACAAAGCGUGGCACGGAGCGAGCUGAAGAUGUACCGUGUGGGCAGCACAGAGGGGCGCAUCCCGGUGCCAACCAACCUUCGCAAACAGAGGUCCCUGACCAACCUGGCCGUGCUGACAGACGCCGAGAAGAAGAUGCAACUCUAUGAGCCCAAAUGGUGCGACGACAUGAGCAAAGCUGCUGCAGGACACCUGAAGAUGGGCAAACCCAAACUGGCAGCCGGCGGAGGGGCGGGGGGUUCCCAACUCUCUCGAAACCUGUCCAAAUCUGACCACUCCCUCUUCCAGGGCAAACCCAAGACGUUCACCCCUCUCGCAGCACCUGGCGCCUUGGGAAAAAGCCAAAGUCGGAUCCCUCGAGGCCCUUACGCGGAAGUAAAACCCUUGAGCAAGACGUCCGAUGACUGCAAGUCCGACGACGAUAUCUUGUCCAGCAAAGCCAAAGCCAAUGGGAAGAAACCGGCGGCUGGGAGCUCCGGAGACCCAGAGGCUAAAGGUCAAGGUGAGGAAGGUGCCGAUAAACCCUUCCUCAAGGUGGACCCGGAGCUGGUGGUCACCGUUCUUGGUGACCUGGAGCAGUUGCUCUUCAGUCAGAUACUCGAUCCUGAAUCUCAAAGGAAACGGACAGUUCAGAAUGUCCUGGACCUCAGACAGAACCUGGAGGAAACCAUGUCCAGCCUGCGAGGGACUCAGCUCAGCCAGAGUUGUCUGGACAGCAGCGUCUGCUAUGACAGUGAUGAAACCAACGCUCGUAGCAUCUCCAGCCUCUCCAACCGCUCCUCUCCUCUCUCUUGGCGCCACGGACAGUCCAGUCCUCGUCUCCAAGCCGGCGAUGCUCCUUCCUCAGCGGGCAGCAGCUAUGUGUCGGGCAGCAAGGCCUCGUCUCAGUACACCUCUCACACCAUGCCUGCCCGCUGCUCCAGCCGCCUCAGCCACACGUCACGCAGCGAGUUCAUCGAAGGCCUGGACGCCGGAGACAGCGAACUCAAGUCUGGUUACCUGAGUGAUUCUGAUGUACUUUGCAAGAGCCUUAAUGACGACGACGAUGACGAUAAUCUGGCCAAUGGUUGGGACGAGAGCAGCUCCAUCAGCAGCGGUUUGAGUGAUGCUUCUGAUAACCUGAGCUCAGAGGAACUCAACGCCAGCUCGUCUCUCAACUCCCUCCCAACCACACCUGUGGGCUCGCGACGCAACUCCUCCGUCAUGUUGCGGACGGAUGCAGAGAAGCGUUCUCUGGUGGAGAGUGGACUGGCGUGGUACAGUGAGGACAGCAAGUCCUUACGGAAGGCUGAUGGAGUUUAUGACACAGGCAGCCUUAAGUCAGAGCCUUCCAGCAAGUGGAGGAAAACUCGGCUGCCAGAUGGUUCUGCGCAGGACAAGACGGGGAAAGGAGAACUGAAGAAACCUCAGAGUCUAGGACAACCUGGGAGCUUCAAAAAGGGCCGCAAUCCUCCUGUGGGCGUCACCUCUCCCAUCACACACACUUCACAAAGUGUGCUAAAAGUUGCAGUUUCUAAAGGAGACACUAAGGCGGUUGACAAGGUGAAAAUGUCCGUCAAGGCAACGGGUCUCCAGCGUUCACGCUCCGACGCGGGCCGGGACAACGAGCACCGCAAGCCUCCCUCAGGUCUGGUCAAACCCUCCGCCGGAGCCUCCUUCGGUUACAGGAAACCUCCGACCACUGGAACCGCCACCGUCCUGACAGCAGGAGGCGCCACUAUCACCAGCGGCUCGGCCACUGUGGGCAAGACCCCCAAGUCCUCUGGCAUCCCCAUCAAACCCGUCCCAGGCGGAGGCGGGCGCAAAAACAGCCUGGACGCCAGCGGCUCCGAACAGGGUUUCCUGGCACCCAACGCUCGCGGGAGCAUUCAGUAUCGCAGUCUGCCACGACCUGCCAAAUCCAGCGCUAUGAGCUUGACCUCUCGCCCUGUUAGCAGCAGCAUCGAUGCCAGUCUCCUCACCCUCAAACCCGUACCGCCUCUGCCCAACACCAUGCCCACCAGAGGAAAAGAUGGAGGCGGCUUGAAAGCGGCUAGUCGCCAGAGCACCACGGGACCCGUCAACCAAACAGACCGAGAGAAGGAGAAGGAGAGGGCUAAGGCCAAAGCCGACCUGGAGAUCAGCUGUCUGAAGGCUGAGAACCAGAGCGACAGCUGUGCAGACACUGUGGAGAAGAUCCACCGAGUGCGGAGGACGAGCUCGAGUAAAUACCCAGAACUGAGCUCUCCGACCAGCACGCCAAGGUUGCUGAGCAGUAAGUCUCUAGUUCACCCUCCAAGCCUGGCUCACCUAGACAAGCUCAACUCUAACAGUCUGGACUCCUGUAUCACCAUCCAUGACCUUCCUCCAAAGAUCCCUCCCUACUCCAAGCUGCAGGACCUGGCGGGCUCCCGCGUGUCCCCUCGACUCACCCCGAGCCCUGCGCCGGUGCUCCACAUCGACUCUCCCAGCUGUUUCUCAGGCCAGACGCUGUCGGUCAGCAGCUCCCCCAUCCUCUACCCCAAGAUGUCCGGCCUGCACCGCAGCAUGGAGUCUCUGCCGCUUCACAUGAGCGUCCCCACCAAACCGGAUCUGGGAGAGCGGGAUGAAGCCAGGAGUACUGGGACGUGGGGCGCAGGCAGCCGGACGUCCAUCACUUUGGGCGACAGUUUACAAACUGAUAGGAACACCUUUCCCAAGAAAGGAUUAAGUCGCUAUGGCAGCGGCCAAUCAGAGGGAGAAGUGAGGGAACGCCGUCAUUCCCACACGAUCACGAGCAUGACGGAUUCGGAGAGCCCACCGCAGCUGCCCUCGCCGACACACGUGACACAGUCCUUCCUGGGAAAAACACCGCCAACCAACGUGGUGGCACCAAUCCCAAGUUCAGGCUCUGGUUCCCAGAUCACACGCUCCAACAGCAUCCCGGCGAAUGACAUGGGCUACGAGCUUUAUGGCACGUCUCCUCUGGGCAGCUCUCUGUCUCUGGCCGACCGACCAAAGAGCAUGAUGAGAUCCGGAUCCUUCAGAGAGCCUAGUGAAGACGUUCAUGGAUCUGUGCUGUCUCUGGCCUCGAAUGCCUCAUCCAACUAUUCGUCGACUGAAGAGAGAAUGCAAGGAGAGCAAAUCCGGUUACUGAGGCGUGAGCUGGAGUCAUCUCAGGAUAAAGUGACCAAUCUGACCAGCCAACUCUCAGCAAAUGCAGGCCAGGCUAACCUGGUGGCAGCGUUUGAGCAGAGUCUGGCCCUCAUGACGGCGCGACUGCAGAGUCUGUCAGUCACUUCUGAGCAGAAGGAUUCUGAGCUACAGGACCUAAGGGAAACCAUAGAAGUCUUAAAGGUCAAGAACACAGAAGCCCAGUCCAUCAUUCAAGGGGCCCUCAAUGUCCCCGAAACCACACCCAAAGAGCUGCAGAUCGACCGGCAGAACUCGUCAGAGAGCAUCUCCAGUCUGAACAGCAUCACCAGUCACUCCAGCGCCGGCAGCCUGAAGGAGCAGGAGGCCAAGAAGAAGAAGAAGAAGAGCUGGGUCUAUGAGCUGAGGAGCUCCUUCAACAAGGCCUUCAGUAAAAAGGGAUCCAAAGCACCAUACGCAGAUAUAGAGGAGAUCGCAACGCCGGUCACAUCCGCCCCAUCUUCACCCAAAAUCCAACAUAACGUGGAUAACGCCUCCGCAAAGGCCUCGACUUCAACAUCAGGAUCGUGUGAAGGCCCUGAGGACACUGAGCAUGAAGAGAAAGUGGUGUCAGAGUUACGCUCGGAACUGUGGGAGAAGGAGCGCAAGCUGACGGACAUCCGUCUGGAGGCGCUGAGCUCCGCCCAUCAGCUGGAGCAGCUGCAGGAGGCCAUGACCAACUUGCAGAUGACGGUGGAAAACCUGAAGGCGGAGAAUGACCAGCUGAAGACGGGUGGCCCCUCCUCCAGACCUCCGAGCUCCACCUCCCAGUCCUCUGGGCUCGGUUCAUUGGGCGUCUCAUCACCACGGCAAUCGGUGUCGUCUUUCGGCAAAACCGGCAUGGGACAAAAUGAGCCUUACCCAGAUGUCUUUCAAAGCCCCACCACGACUUUGCAGAAGGACGAAAGUCUGGUCAGAGUGUUGGUUCGCAUACCCAAUCAGCACCUAUUCAAAGACGAGGUGAAACAGCUGGAGUUUUUCAUUGGCACGGUUAAAAUCAGCGGACGGACCGACUGGUUUUCUCUGGACUCUGCAGUUAUCCAGGCUUUUAAAGAGUAUUUAGCGGUGGUGGACCCCGGCUCCAGCCUCGCUCUCUCUCAGGACUCCAUCUACAGCUACAGCCUGAGCCAUCUGAAGAGGGUUCUGGGAGCGCAGCCUCCGGAGACGCCUCCUGUGCGCCUCUACAGCAAAGGCUCCUCCUGCAUCAGCGUGACUCUGAAAGGACUGAAGGAGAAGUGUGUGGACGUUCUGGUGUUUGAGACGCUCAUCCCCAAGCCCAUGAUGCAGCAUUACAUCAGUCUGCUGCUCAAGCACCGGCGCUUGAUCUUAUCCGGCCCCAGCGGCACAGGCAAGACCUACCUCACCAGCCGCCUCGCCGAGUACCUGGUGGAGCGCAGCGCUCGAGAGGUUACGCCCGCCAUCACCACCACCUUCAACAUGCACCGCCAGUCCUGCAAGGACCUUCAGCUCUAUCUGGCCAAUCUGGCCAAUCAGAUCGAUCGGGAGAGCAGCACAGCUGAGAUCCCAUUGGUUGUCAUCUUGGAUGAUGUGCAUGAUGCAACAUCCCUCAGUGAACUUGUUAAUGGUGCUUUAACCUGUAAAUAUCAUAAAUGUCCAUAUAUAAUAGGGACAACCAAUCAGCCAGUGAAGAUGACCCCUAACCAUGGCUUACACCUCAGCUUCAGGAUGGUGAUGUUUUCCAAUAACGUUGAGCCAGCAAACGGAUUCCUGGUACGUUACCUGCACAGAAAGCUAAUGGAAGCUGAAGAUCCCAGGAGCGUGAAGAAUGAAGAUCUGCUGCGGGUGCUGGACUGGGUGCCCAGACUCUGGUACCACCUCCACACCUUCCUGGAGAAACACUGCACCUCUGAUUUUCUCAUUGGUCCCUGCUUCUUCUUGUCCUGUCCAGUAACAGUAGAGGAAUUCCGCACGUGGUUUAUCGAUCUUUGGAAUCACUCAAUCAUCCCGUACCUGCAGGAAGGAGCCAAAGAUGGCAUUAAGGUUCAUGGGCAGAAGUCGGUGUGGGAGGAUCCGGUGGAGUGGGUCAGAGGAUCUCUGCCCUGGCCGUCUGCUCAGCAAGACCAGGCCAAACUCUUCCACCUGCCUCCCCCGAGCACAGGCCCCGGCAGCCCAAACCAGGCAGGAGACGAUCGGCCACAUAAGGAGACGCCGCCCAGCUCCGUCGAGUCAGAUCCACUGAUGGCUAUGCUGUUGAAACUACAAGAGGCUGCCAAUUACAUCGAGUCACCAGAGAAAGAAUCAGAUCCAAAACUCCCUCCUCUCUGAACAUGUCCUCCAUCUCUCCUGCCGCCCAUGUCCAGCUCCAAACUCCACACCUGCAGAUGACACUGUACUGUUACUAUAAAUGCUGUCAGUGCAUUUCACCCACUCUUUUAUUAUAUUAUUCAUCCCACCUUUCUUAUAUCAGUGGAAUGUCCCUUACAGAAAAGCACUGUGGUGGUACCGUGGUUCAGUGAUGCUAUCAGAUGGUAAUACCGUGGUACUUUCUCAUAUGGGUAGUUGAUUUGUUCUGCAGUAUUACAUGCUAUACGACCAUUUUAAACAGCAUUUUCCUCUUUUAAAGUUAUUAUGCAUGCAGCAUGCAUGAUAAUGUAUGAGAUCUCAUGAAUCGUAAGACUACACAGAGUAUUUGUGCUUGUAAAAAUGGAUUUGUUGCACCUCAGGACCUUUAAAGUGAACUAGUGAUGGCAAAAAUAGCGGUUAAAAUGGAAGAAUCGGUGACCCAUUACAGCACAUAAAACUACACUUUUCUGUAUACAUUCUUUUAUUUAAACCUUUACAAUCUAGUUUAAAUAUUGGUGGUGAUCCAUAAAACUGAGUAAAUAACAUGGUAUUAUCUUUUUUAUUGACCAAACCAUGGUAAUACCACCACAGCCGGUUCAUCUAUAGUCAAUUUUUGUUUUUACCAUGGUACUUUUAUGUAAGGGCUUGCAAAAACAAUAUUUUGUCAUGAAAUUUAACUCCUUCUCCUAAAAAAAAAUGAUGAAAAUGAUCAUUUUAUAGCACUUCAAUCUGCAUAUUUCAGUUUACGGAUGCUUCAGUACGUAUGUAAUUCUCUUUGCGGGAACUUUUACUGUUCCACUGCUGCCCGUAUUAACAACUCAAUGAUACAGGUGCUAAAAUCGCUAGUGCGCAAGUGGUUUCAUCUUGUGGUAAUGAAUAAGAGCCAACAUGGGAGAUUCUGGGAAAUAUUAUGUCUCACUUAAUAAUGUAACACUUUACAGGCCACUUUAGCCUAUGCUGCUUUUUGUAUGUUUCAUUUCUUUCACGUUUGAAUAUGGCCACAGCAUAAGCUUUAGUUUAACCCCAGAAACACUUAAGCAGACCACAUUACUCCUUUUCUUCCUCUUUCUAACACAGUGAAUGCCUUACAACAGAUUCUAAGUGUGCUAUCAUGCUCCCUUUUCACUCUGUAGGGGGCAGAGUUAAGCAAAGCUCAGAAAUGUACUUCCAUGAAUCAAAUCUGAAUUAAAUCAGAAACGAACAGGAUGUUGGAUUGGAUUUUGAUUUAAAAUAAAAGUGAGAGGAAUUUACUAAAUUGCAAUUAAAAAAAAAAAAAUCUCGAUGGAUUGUGGUUUGUAGAAAACAGUUCAACCUUAAAACUAAACCUGCAGUCUUUGAAUUUCAUUCACUCUAAUUCCUAAAACUUAAAUUGAAAGUAUGAUUCUGCAUCCUGUUUCAAAAGGCACUUAACCCUGAUAAACUGAAGCUUGUGUUCCCUCAAAAGUUCCCACAGUAUACAAAAGCACCUCAGUAACACGCUGUAAAGAUCAUUUGCAUUCGGAGAGACGUCCCCACCACAAACAGACCAUUUUGUGCUCUUUGAUUUACUGUAAUGAUACUGUAGAGACGUUUCUCAGCUCAGGGGUUUGGUUAUCUCAGGCCUCUAAUUAGAUUCAAUACAGCUACAGUACUUUCUCAGUUACUGCUCUCUUUGUAGCAAAUGGUGCAAAUGUAGAAAACCAAAUAUUCAGUAUGAGCCUUUUAUUUGAAGUACUAGAGACGAUCACCCUAAUAAAGUGCACACGGAUGCGAAGACGAAGAUUAUUUGGUGCUAUUCUGUAUCACUAUUGGAAAACAUGACUUGGUUUAGCAAAAAUCGCACUUGAAAUCCAUUAGCCUUACUCUUGUGGUAUUUAAAUGGCAUCUUUAGGUACAACCAAGUGAUCAUUUUAUUUGUACAAUCCUUUUAGUCGUAGUUUUAGAGCUGUAAGCAUUAAGUUUCUUUAGACGUAGUUUAACCAUCACACUAAAACUCCACCACGAUAUCGUUAUGUCAAAGUAAAUCAACCUCCUAAUGGUAGUCUAAAAACAUAUCAAACCUCACGGCAUUUCUCUGAACCUUACGAUUAAUAUCAAAGUCGGCAAAGUUCUGUUGAGCACUAACGAGAGUAGUGUACAUUACAUCCAUACAUCCUCAGUGCUCACACAGAAGAGGAUUCGCUCACAGAAAGCAGUGGUGGACCAGUAAUUUCCCAUCUCUGUACCUGAAACUAGUAUUCAAACAUGCAUGUGCUGUAGAUAAGAUCUGGGCUAUUAAAGUUAAAAUCAAACUCAUUCCUUUCUAUUCAUCUAUACUGCAUUAUCAUUACUCUACACAGUGUAAAUAUGAUUUUCGUAGUUCCUUCUACAAGAAAUGAGGGAUUGUGGAGUCUAUUAUCCAAAUAGAGAGAGACUCGUAAUGUUCAAGAUGGCAAAAUGAUUUUGUUAUUUUAGCCUCCUUCAGUUGCGCUGCUGCUGCUGCUUCAAGUAUAAUGUGUGACUUUUAUAUUUGAUUACAUUCCAGACAUAAGACAGUGUGUCAGUGGCUUUUGUUGCUUAUCUGCUGAAGAUCCUAGUUGGCCAUUUGCAGUUUCAUUUUAUAUCAAUAUAUGCCACUGCAACAAAAUAUUCCAUUUCAUAACCGCAGCAUGUCGGUGAAUUACCACUGAUAUUGAAUCUGGAUCAGCGAAUAAAGCUAAUCAUUGAGGGAAUAAAUCUCAUUCCGCCGUUUUCAUUGUCAGCAGCUAUUCUUUGUUUUAAAAAGACAUUUGUUAGUGUGACUAAAGCCGCUGAACACUGUCUGCAUCAUGUUUCUGGUUAUUGUGCCUGUGACCGUGUGAUAGCUGUGCUGUGUUGUGCAAAGUCCCAUAUAAUGCGACAAUUCAGCAACUUUUUACUCUCUACUUUGUCUGUCCUGGAAUGGUAGCGACAGCACAUGGAUGGUGACUGGUAAAACUGGAUUUUUACAUUGAUUUCACUUUCUGUCGCUCAUAAGCUUUGGUUUGUGUCUGCUUCUGUUGCUGUUUUCACUCUUAAAUGCACCUUUUUAUGUGGACUAUAUUAUUGCAAUAAUUUGACGUGUGUUAAACAGAGUCAGGAACUCCGUUUGAUAAAGACUUUGGGUGAUUGUAUGCCUUGAUGGUGCUGUCUUGAGGUAAGGGUCAAGUGAAUGAGAACCUACAGUAGGCCUAUAUCAGGUGGUGUGCUUUUAUGUAAAGUAUUUCAGAGGACCAAUGAAAAAUAUAAAGAUAAUAUUACAGAUAAAAAGUGGUGAGAAGUUGCUGAAUAGUCCCUUCACUUCAUGCAAUGCUUGAUAUUGAUUCAAAAGUCCAUUACUAUUGCAUAAAAGGUAAUAUGACAGUAGAAGAUGUAAGUUACAAUGUGCAAUGGGUUUCUAAAUGUCGUAAACGCAUGUCACCUUUGUGUGAAGCAGAAUUACGGAUGUGUUCUACCUAAUUUGGGGUCAUAUAAAAGGAAUGAUAUAAGUUUCUUUUUAUUGUAAUGUUCCCCCAAAUGAUUGUUUGUACAACUUCAUUUCCAUUUUGUACAGAACGUUAGAAAUGUAAACAUUGUACAUAGCGUGGCCCUGCAUUUGCAACAACAAUCAUUUAAGAAAAAAACAUAGUGUCAUUAAGAAAUGUGGUUUGUAAGGAAGACUUGUGCUUUUGUUACCGAUGGAGUGGCCCAGUACACAGAAACUGGCAUGCUUCGGAUGUUCGUAAUAUGACCACCAAGACAUUGUCCAUCUGUCAUAAUAAAACCACAACGUUCGUUAACUGUG